AUGGUGCUUGAUCCAGUGAGCGCGCUGGGAACUGCCGCCGCUAUCAUCCAAUUCCUGGACUUUGCAGGCAGGUUAUUGUCGAAACAACGCGAGAUUGCCCAAAGUACUCGAGGCACUUUGAUCGAACACGAAGAGUUGGUCGCAGUAACUCGCCGCCUCGAUGAACUCAAUGGCCAGAUACAACAGCGUGGCAUCUCUUUUGAGAAUACGACGAAAACAACACAAGCCGAUUUAGCUUUGAUGAAAGUCUCUGAGGAAUGCAAGAAUCUUGCUGCAGAAUUCCGUCAGGUGCUUGAAGGACUCUCGGGUCGUCCUGGCCAGUCCUCGUACAAAUCCUUUCGACAGGCGUUCAAAAUUGUCUGGCACAAGGACGGGAUAGAGACGAUGCAGCGCAGAUUGGACCAGCAGCGAUCGCAGCUUAUUCUUCACAUAGUAGUGGUCAUAAGCGGAAACAAGAAAAGAGAUGUUGCUAGCUUGUUGGCAGAAAGCCAACGGGUUGAAUUGAGCAUACUCCAAGCAAUUCGCGACGCCAAUGCCGGAUUGAAAACUUCUCUUCAGAAGCAUACUGCAUGGGAUCGAAAUGAUGCGGCUCGAAAGAAGUUACAAACAUCAUCAACGAAGAAGCAGAACGCACUAUCUGCUGUCUCCGCCGACAUUACUUCUCGCAUCCGAAUUGAUGAUGAGGAGCACGCAAGAAAUCUCAUUCUCAACAGCCUCUACUUUCAACAGAUUGAGGAACGAAGGCUACAGGUUCAUCCGGCUCAUCAAAAUACUUGUCGAUGGGUCUUCAACAAGCCGGACGAGGGCGUGGAUACGGAGGACAACUUUAGAACAUGGCUCGAAGAUCCGCUUGAAUCAUCAGGCCUCUACUGGGUAUCGGGGAAGAUUGGAAGUGGAAAGUCAACACUUAUGCGAUUCAUUUAUGAGUCUCAAGAGACUACGCUCGCAGCACAGGUAUGGUCACAAAAUCUACCUUUACUAACAGCAAGUUGCUUUUUCUGGCUAGCAGGCACGGAGACUCAGAAGUCGCGGAAUGGUCUCCUCCGAUCGCUAAUUCACAACCUACUGCGACAGGCUCCGUGCUUGGUGCCAAUUUCAACCCCAUCUCGCUGGCGUGCAGCCAUAUUGGGAUCUCAUCAACAGCCUUGGACCAAUACAGAACUAGAGAACACGCUGCUUGAACUUCUCGGAAACGGAAGCAGAGACUAUCGAUUCUGUAUAUUUGUCGAUGGUCUCGAUGAAUUUGAAGGGGAUCACCGUUGCCAUUCAGACCUUGUAGAUUUCUUGGUCAAGGUCUCCUCUUGCAAAGGCGUCAAGCUCUGCGUUUCGAGUCGGCCGUAUCCAGCUUUCAAAAGUGGGUUUGAAGAUUUCCCCAAACUACGGAUGGAGCUCUUAACGCGAAAUGACAUCGAAACGUAUACGAUUGAUCGACUUGAGGAAAUCAAAGAAUUCGGUACUUUGAAGGCCGCUUACCCAACCACAUGCAGUAAUUUGAUCGAAGAGAUAGUCGAUAAAGCCAAAGGGGUCUUUCUUUGGGUAUACCUAGUCGUUCGAUCACUCAAACUAGGAUUAGUCGAAGGCGAUUCCAUGGCGGCCCUUGUUGCCCGCUUACGAGAGCUUCCGCCUGAUCUGGAUGAAGUCUUCUAUAGUAUUCUCCAACGCAUACCUAUCCAUCAGCGUCAUUAUGCGGCAGCUUAUUUCCAAAUGGUCGCCCAAAGCGUCGUCGGACCGCUUUCCCUUUUGACAUUUUGGUUUGUGGAAGAAGGGGGACCUGACUUCCUGGGAACGACUCCCGUGGAACCUCUAGCGAAAGAAGUCCUCAGAAGUCGACACCUUAUGCUCACCAGGCGGCUGGAGGGUCGCUGCGGAGGCUUACUUGAGAUUCAACGAACGAGUCGGGCAAACUUCCAUGACACGCCAGCAGAGUACACCGUGGAUUAUUUGCACCGAAGUGUCAGUGACUUCCUUUUAUCUCAACCAGCACAGAAGCUGCUCUCCAGUUACUUGCACCCAAACCUUGAUGUAGUCCAGUAUCUGUGUCAGGCUACAUUAACUCAGCUCAAGAUGACUUUUCUUAUGCCCUUUCGGCAAAAGGACACGACGUCUGUUGAUGUAUGGGACGAUUCUUUAAACGGGAGCUUUUCUCGUUCUCUGAUUUUUCUCCUCAAAGACUGGGAGGACAAAUCUGGACAAUUACAGAGUACAAUUUUCCAGUCGAUGGUUUCUAUGUUCAGAGAUCAUGCGCGCCCUCGCCCAUCAGGGGUUUACGGAUUGUUUGACAAAUUUGUGGUCGACUCAGUGACCCUAGUGCACGAGAGCCACAUACUCGGCCUUAUUUCUAAGCACGAAGAAUAUAAUCUAGAUCUUUCAGGUCUUCUUUUCUACAUUGUAUUACACCUUAACGGAAGCAGUGGUCUAACUUCUCGUUGUCGCAUUAUUGUUGCUCUACUCCAACAAGGCGCCAACUCGAAUACGAGAGAAUACCUACAGGACAGGCAUUGCGGUACCUCGUGGGAGAAGUUCCUAGCGUGGGAACAAAGCAUGUACGGUGCGGCCAGACGAUUUCGAGAGACGCCCGGACAUCCACAACCAGGAUUUGAACAAGAGGCAUUAUUGGCAGCACGAUCCUUCAUCGAGCAUGGAGCAGCGUCCAAAACUUCAGCUGGGGAAUCGUGCGGAAACCUCCUUCACUUGGCCUUUCCCGGCCCUGAUGGUGACGAGCUUGUCAAGCUUUUGAAUGCGAGAUCUCGACCGAAAUCCCGCCUGUACAGAGCGACACAAAAACUUUUAGGUCGGCGGUCGGUGGAGAGUUAG